AUGGCUACCCCCAGUGUCCUCACCUUUGACGCUGAGGGCAGAGCCAUCGACUUUGACGUGUGGGUAGACGACCUACUGCUUUUCCUACAGUGCGACAGAGCUGACGGCCUCUCUCUCUUUGAUCUCACUUCUGGUGCCUCUCCCGCCCCUGCUGCUACUGAGGAUGCCACUGUUCGCUCACAGUGGGCCACACGCGAUGCUGCUGCACGUCUUGCUGUGCGUCGUCACCUCCCUCCCUCUGAGCGUGCACACUUUGGGUCGUACAAGAGUGCUAAGACCUUGUACGACGCCGUUAUUGCACGCUACUCCACCCCUGCCACUGCUGCACUGAGCCGCCUCAUGCUACCGUACCUCUUUCCCGACCUUGCUGCUUUUGCCACAGUCGCCGACCUCAUUACCCACCUGCGCACUAGUGACGCUCGCUUCCGCGCUGCACUUCCUGCUGAGUUCUGCGCCAAGAACCCCCCCCCCCAGUACUUCACUCUCUACUACAUUGUCACCCGCCUCCCUGACUCCCUUCGCGGAGUCAGGGACGACUUACUCUCAGUCUGCCCCACCACUCUCACUGUUGAGCUCCUCGAGAAGUCCCUCCUCGCAGCUGAGAAGAGCAUUCUCGCUGUAGGGGCCUCUCGUGGUGACCCGCGCACCCCCAUCUUUGAGGGGUGUUCCCCCUCCCCCCUCCUGCCCUCUGUCGCCUCUGCUGCCACGGCCGACCUCGUUGGUUUUGAGUCGGUCGGUGCGGCGUCUGCCCCUAGCGGGAGACGUCGCUCUGGCAAGGGCAAGGGGGGCAGGGGUGGUGGGGGAGGCGGCGGGGGCGGUGGAGGCGGCGGUGGAGGCAGCGGAGGAGGUGAGGGUGGUAGCGGGAGUGGUGGCGGGAGUGGAGGUGUCAGCGGCGGCAGUGGAGGCGGGGGCGGCAGCGGAGGUGGUGGUGGGAGUGGAGGCGGAGGCGGUAGUGGCGGCGGCGACGGUUGGGGUGGCGGUGGCAGCGGAGGUGGUGGCGGUGGCGGCGGAGGAGGCGGCGGAGGAGGCGGCGGCGGUCGUGGCUCGUCGCAGAGGAGUGGCUCCGGUGGUGGUCAGCGCCAGCAGCAGCAGCGUGGUCAGGAGACCCUCUCCCCGCAGCAGCUCCGUGAGUGGUACGCUGCACGUCAGAGGGGUGGGGGUCCUGGUCCGUGCACCUACGUCCUGCGCACUGGCGACCGUGCGGGUGAGCCGUGUGGUGGUCCACACUCUGCCCAGCGCUGCUUCGGCCACCUGACUGACGCCUGGCGCCACCAGUUUCCUGAUGCCUCUGAGAUCCCUCGCUGGGACCAGCUUUCUAGGGCAGGAGUAGCUAUCUUUGAUCUUGACUUUGAUGCUAUUCUUCGUGCCAUGUAUGCUGUGACUAUUAGUGAGGAGGGUGACUGUUACCGGUGUUUCCCGCCCGACCCGGGCAUUGGUACUGCGGCUCCAGGUGCUGGUGAGACUGCUGCUCCAGGUGCUGUUGAGACUGCGGCUCUAGGUGCUGUUGCGGCUGCUGCUCUAGGUGCCAGUGAGUCUGUGUCCCAAGGUGCUGGUGAGUCUGCUCUCUCAGGUACAGCGUCGGCUCCGCCCUCUCUUACCUUCACUCUUGACUCAGGAGCAUCUCGCUCUUUCUUUAGAGACCGCACCACACUCACGCCGCUUAGUCGGCCUGUGGCACUCUCCCUGGCGGACCCCUCUGGGGGUCCUGUUCUGGCUCGCUACUCCACUGUCCUUCCGUGCCCUGCGGUCCCGUCUGGCUCCCUGUCCGGUCUCUACCUCCCCUCGUUCUCUACGAACUUGGUGGCGGGUGCUGACCUACAGGAUGCAGGGGUUGACCAGUUCACCCCUGCACGCCGACGGGACACCCACUGCACGGACGCGGACACGGGUCGACACUUGACCACGUUCACACGUGGGCCCGGGUCGAGCCUGUACACACUCACUGUUCCGUCUCCUCCUCCUGCGUCUGGUCAGGUAGCUGCGUCGGGUCAGGUGUUUGCUGCAGCGUCCAGGUUUGGUCCUGAGUCUGCUCCCUGCUCGUGUCGCCUCCUGUCCCACGAGACCUUCCUGUGGCACCACAGGAUGGGUCACCCCUCCCUGCCUCGUCUCCGGGGCAUGGCCUCUCGCCUUCUUGUCUCUGGUCUUCCCCGGUCCCUCCCUCCCCUUCCUCCGGGGCCUGGCCCUCCCGAUGUCCCCUGUGUCGAAGGUCGCCUUCGGGCUUCCCCUCACUCCUCCCCGUUUCCUCCGAUGGAGGCCCCGAUGCAGACGCUUCACAUGGACGUGUGGGUCCCAGCCCGCGUCCGUGGACAGGGUCACGAGCGCUACUUCCUGCUGGUGGUUGACGACUACUCGCGUUACACCACGGUCUUCCCCUUGCGCAGCAAGGGUGAGGUCACUGAGAAUGGGAUUGCUGAGCGCCGCAUCGGCAUUGUCAUGGACGUCGCCCGUACGUCCAUGGUGCAUGCGGCUGCCCCCCAUUUUCUGUGGCCGUUUGCGGUUCGGUACGCCGCGCAUCAGAUCAACCUUCAGCCCAGGGUCUCCAAACCGGAGACCUCCCCAGCGUUGCUGUGGACGGGGAAGGUUGGCGAUGCGUCGGCGUUCCGUGUCUGGGGAUCUCGGGCGUUUGUCCGCGACUUGUCUGCGGACAAGCUGUCCCCUCGUGCUGCUCCUUGCGUCUUCCUGGGAUUCCCCCCUGACGCACCUGGGUGGCAGUUUUACCACCCCACCUCUCGUCGUGUUCUGUCCUCCCAGGACGUUACGUUCGACGAGUCGGUUCCCUUCUGCUGGCUCUUCCCCUACCGCACUCCGUCCCUCCCCCCGCCGCCCCUCUUCCUGGUCCCAGCUCCCCCCCCGGUAGACCCCCUCCCCCCUCAGGGUCCUGCCCCUUCAGGUGUGUCUCAGGUAGACGCGGUCGAGCCUGUUGAGGUCACUGGUGACUCUGGUGCUGCUGCGGGUGCGGAGCCUCGGGGUGCUGAGACUGGGAGUGCUGAGACUGGGGGUGCUGAGCCUGGGGGUGCUGAGCCUGGGGGCGCUGCGACUGAGGGUGCUGAGCCUGGGGGUGCUGCGAUCGGGGGUGCUGAGCCUGGGGGUGCUGAGCCUGGGGUUGCUGUGCCUGGGGGUACUGAGCCUGGGGGUGCUGAGCCUGGGGGUGCUGUGCCUGGGAGUGCUGAGCCUGGGGGUACUGCGUCUGGGAGUGCUGUGCCUGCUGCUUCUGUUCGUGGUGGUUCUCCAGACCGUUCUUCGCGCCGCGAGCCGCUCUCUCCUCUGGACCUGCGUGAGUGGUUUGCCCGGCGCUGGAGGCGAGCUGCUGGAGCUGAGGGUGCUGCGGGUGCUGGAGGUUCUGUUGCUGCAGAGGGGGCUGGUACCACGGGUCCCGGAGGUGCUCGUACUGAGAGUACUGGAGCUGCCGGGCCCGGGGGUGCCUCUGGAGCUGGAGCUGCUGCGGGUGCUGGCGCUGAGACUACGACUGUCGGUCCUGCUGAGGGUACUUCUGGCGCUGCCGGAGGUGCUGGAGUUGGAGCUGCUACUGGUGCUGGUGCUGCCUCUGGAGGUGUUGGUGCUGUCCCUGCUGUCUCUGGCGGUGCUGCGCGGCCUCGGCCGUACUUCGUUCCGCUCCUUCAGCAGGUUCUUGGUCUCCCGCCUUCCACUGGUCCUUCUCCUCCCGUAGAGUGUCCACAGCCUGUCCCGUCACAGUCCCAGUUACAGCCCGCCUCUCCCCUGCCUUCUCCUUCUCCCUACGCUGGUCCUACUGGAGGUCUUGCUGAGCGUCGUGAGCCUGCGUCCCGCCCUGCGUCGCCAGUCCGAGCUGCUCGCCCUAGUGGUCGCGGUUCGCGUCAGCGUCCUCCUCCUAUCCCUGGCACACACAGGAUGUCUCUGCGUCCGUCCACUGCUCCUCUGCGUGCCCCUUUGCCUUCUCCUCCUCAGUCUUCUCUUCCUACACUUGCCGACCCGGAGUCGGACUCUCGCCGUGCUGCCAGUCCUACUGUCACGCGUCUUCUUGCUUCUCUUGUCACUGACCCUUCCUUUGAGUCCGCUGCUGCGUCUGCCCUAGUUGCUGAGCUGGUCGACUUUGCUGCUGCGUGUCGUCUAGACUACGCUGCCAGUCUUGUUGCUGAGUCUGCUGAGUCUGCUGAGUCUGCGUCUGCUGCGUCUGCGUCUGCCUGUCCUCCGUCCGUCGGGGGUGACUGUGCUCUUGGCACGGACGUCCUUGAGGACAGGCAGGAGGAGUUCCAGUGCUUUGCCGCUGCUUUGCCCCAUCUCGUGUCCAUGCUUGUUGCCCCUGAGGGAGACCCGGAUGCUCUAGACAUCCCGACCCCACGCUCUUACGCAGAGGCGAUGGCCGGUCCGUACUCCUCUCAGUGGCAGUCAGCCAUGGACGCAGAGAUGGCUUCCUGGAAGUCCACAGGCACCUACGUUGACGCUGUUCCCCCUCCUGGGGCGAACAUUGUCAGUGGCAUGUGGAUUUUCAGGGUGAAGCGGCCGCCGGGUUCUCCGCCUGUCUUCAAGGCGCGCUACGUGGCUCGUGGCUUCAGUCAGCGACAGGGAGUUGACUUCUUUCAGACCUUCUCCCCGACCCCGAAGAUGACCACUCUUCGGGUUCUACUGCACGUCGCUGCUCAGCGUGACUACGAGCUACACUCUCUUGACUUCAGCACUGCUUUCCUGCAGGGCCGCCUGCACGAGGAGAUCUGGCUGCGCCGCCCUCCUGGCUUCACUGGGUCGUUCCCUCCUGGUACCCAGUGGAGCCUCCGGCGGCCAGUCUACGGUCUCCGCCAGGCGCCGCGUGAGUGGCACGACACACUGAGGACUACACUUGCGGCUCUUGGGUUUGCUCCUUCUACUGCUGACCCGUGGCUGUUUCUACGCACCGACACCUCGCUACCGCCGUUCUACAUCCUCGUGUACGUCGACGACUUGGUCUUUGCCACUGCGGACACUGCCGCACUCGCCCACGUGAAGUCCGAGCUGCAGAAGAGACACACGUGCACAGACCUUUGUGAACUGACAAGCUAUCUUGGCUUGCGGAUCACCCGGGACAGAGCACGCCGCACCAUUACCCUGACUCAGUCACACAUGGUGCAGCAGGUCCUUCAGCGCUUCGGCUUCACGUACUCCUCGCCUCAGUCCACUCCUCUGCCUACGGGACACUCGCUCUCAGCUCUGCCUUCGGAUGAGUCCGUAGAGUCGAGUGGUCCGUAUCCAGAGCUUGUGGGCUGCCUCAUGUACCUGAUGACCUGCACUCGACCUGACCUCGCAUACCCUCUCAGCAUCUUAGCACGCUAUGUUGCUCCCGGACGUCACCGGAAGGAGCACAUGGAUGCAGCUAAGAGGGUGUUGCGCUACUUGUGCAGUACGUCGGGCAUUGGGCUAGUGCUUGGAGGGCGAGAGCGGCCUGUGCUCACUGGGCACUCAGACGCUUCUUGGGCUGACGACCAGGCUACUCAGCGGUCGUCUCAGGGUUACACCUUCAGUCUUGGCUCUGGCUCUGUCUCUUGGCGCUCUACUCGCUCUUCUUCGGUUCUCAGCUCCAGCUGUGAGGCUGAGAUCUACGCCACGGCCAUGGCUGCCCAGGAGCUUCGCUGGCUCACCUACCUGCUGACCGACCUUGGAGAGCGGCCUCGUUCUCCUCCAGUGCUGUACGUCGACAACAAGGCAACCAUUGCCUUGUGUCAGGAGCACAGACUGGAGCACAGGACGAAGCACAUUGCUCUGCGCUACUUCCUUGCUCGAGAGCUGCAGCAGCGUGGUCAGCUUCGCCUGCGUUUCGUGGCCACUGAGGCCAACACUGCUGAUGUGUUCACCAAGGCGCUUCCGCCUCGUGACCAUCAGCGCUUUUGCACUUUGCUAGGCCUUGUGCCCACUGGGCCUCACUUGCUUACCUCUUGA